UGAUUUGACCGUUUAAUAUAAACAACCGUUGUCGUUAAUGAAUAAUUUAUUUUUUGUUUUUCUUUACAACAAAAUCUAUAAUUGAAUUCAUUCGAUAAACUAUUAUGAAUAUAUUCGAUACCAUAUUACGAAUAAUCCGUCGUCUCUUAGACACGAUAUUCACCAAGCGAAUCACCAAUUCAUUACUGAUAUACGUCAAAACCAAUACAGGCUCAAUUGUGCCUGUUGGCUUGGAUCCGAAAUGGGAAGUAAGAGAUGUCAAAGAGUUUGUUGCGCCAAAGUUGGGAAUGACUCCGGAGGAAGUGAUGAUUAUAUUUGCCGGUAAAGAAUUACACGACUCGGAGUUACUGGAAGAAUAUAAUCUAGCUGAACAGACGGUUUUACAUGCAGUUAAGACUAGGCGUCGGUCAUUUAAACGUGAUCAACGGAUAUCUAUUUGUGAAGAAGAAAACGAAGAUGAUGAAUUUGAUAACACUAAACGAGCUGUAGCUAACUUUUAUGUUUACUGUUCUUCGCCUUGUUCUACUACGACAGUUGGUAAAAUUCGUGUUCGAUGUUUCAAAUGCAAAAAUGGUGCUUUCACAGUAGAUGGCGAUCCGAAGAAUUGGAAUGACGUACUUAAACCAAAAAGAAUUACUGGACAUUGUGAAAUAUCAGAAUGUACAGAUGGAGAAGUAGGGUGGUCAGAAUUUUAUUUUAAAUGUUCUGAACACAUUACCAAAGGUGAAACUGAUGAAGCUGUAGCAUUACACCUAGUUAGAAACAAUCUACAUCAUAUUCCUUGUUUGGCAUGCACCGAUGUGAAACCAAAAGUAUUUGUGUAUCCUUGUGUGGAUGGUCAUGUUACGUGUUUAGAAUGUUUUUGUGAUUAUGCAGUAAGCCGAUUAAGAGAAAGACGAUUUAUUUCUGAUAUUAAUUUUGGUUAUACAUUACCUUGUCCAGCCGGGUGUCCUGAUAGUUUGAUAAGUCAACUUUAUCAUUUCAAAACCUUAAAACAAGAACAAUAUGAAAUGUAUGAAAGAUUUGCAGCUGAAGAGUAUGUGCUUCAUCAAGGUGGAGUAUUAUGUCCACAACCUGGAUGUGGUGCCGGAAUUCUUGUGGAUGACGAAUGUGAUAAAGUGACGUGUAUCAAUGGAUGUGGGUACGUCUUUUGUAAAAAAUGUUUGCAAGGUUAUCAUAUAGGAGAUUGCUUUCCAAGGGAAGAACAGCUCAUUAGUGAUAUAGCUGGUUACUCUAUUGACCCAAAACUUGCAUCACAGGCUAAAUGGGACGACGCAAGUAAUGUAAAAAUAAAAGUAUCGACUAAACCUUGCCCUAAGUGCCGCACUGCUACAGAACGAGAUGGUGGCUGUAUGCAUAUGGUAUGUACACGAUGUUCGUUUCCGUGGUGUUGGUUGUGCCAAACAGAAUGGUCAAGAGAAUGUAUGGGAAGCCAUUGGUUCAACUAAAAAGUGUUCAAGUGAAACUUAUUUUUUCUACUAAAAAACCAAUAUGUAUAACUAACUAGUCAUAGAUUUAACAAUUAUUAUGUAUUAUUUUUUACUUAGUUUCCCUAUAAUGUUUACAAUUGAUCCCUUUUUUUAUACUAAAAUGUAUGAAUACACUUUAAAUAAAAAUGUAAUAUUUAAAUUGUAAUUUAAAAACAAAUAUUA